ACAGACACUCGAUUUUUCAGCAAAAUUCAAAUCGAAUCAAUUUGAUCGAGAUACUGGGCGUUGAAGAUGACGGAGGCGAUGAUAAGGAAUAAGCCAGGAAUGGCGAGUGUGAAGGAUAUGCCGCUGCUUCAGGAUGGUCCGCCACCGGGUGGGUUCGCACCGGUACGAUAUGCUCGCCGGAUAUCCAAUACGGGUCCUAGUGCUAUGGCCAUGUUCCUUGCUGUUUCUGGUGCUUUUGCUUGGGGAAUGUAUCAGGUCGGUCAAGGAAACAAAAUCCGCAGGGCGUUGAAGGAAGAGAAGUAUGCUGCUCGUAGAACAAUACUUCCCAUUCUUCAAGCAGAAGAAGAUGAAAGGUUUGUGUCUGAGUGGAAAAAGUAUUUGGAAUACGAAGCUGAUGUAAUGAAGGAUGUACCGGGAUGGAAAGUUGGUGAGAAUGUGUACAAUUCUGGUCGUUGGAUGCCACCGGCUACUGGGGAACUCCGUCCUGAUGUCUGGUGAUGCAUAUGAUGAUGAAUGCUUCACUGAGGAUUGACAUUGUACUUGUUUUAUCUUUUUGUCAUCGGGUAAUAAGAGAAUGAUUCAACAUACAGUAUUCUUCUUGUAUUGGUUUUGCUGGAACAUCAAUCUCUGUGUGUUUUUUUCUGUAAGUUUUUCAACCGUAAGAUGAGUGUAAAAGAAACAGUUACAUCAGCAAGCUUCCCAGAGUGGUGGUUUAGUUUUCGGUUUA